UUGAACAGUACUAGAGCUUCCAUUUUCCCGGUAAAUUCUUUGUUCGAAAUCUAUAUGACUUUCUGCAGAAGAUUGAAAUCUAUGAUCCAGAUAACUGCCUUCCGAAACGCAUUUGGAUUUGAAUCUUUUGAGUACACCUUACCAUCUCGGCGAGAUUGGUGUUUCAUAUCAGAAAAGGACGUUCCCGUUGAUUUGAAUGAAAAUUUUGUUCUUUCUUAUCCCACUUGUCAAAAGAAAAGUGAAAGUGAUCGAAAGACAAUUCUCGUACUCUGCUUGGCUAUCGGAUUGCCAAAUUUACUAUUCGUCGUAGGGGUGGGCUAUAUAGCUUAUAUUGCUUGUUGUCGAGAUAACAACUCUUAUGGAAGAAGAUAAAUUGCUAAAUCUUUUCUUACUUUUUUUAGGUUUUUAUUUUGUCUAUAGAAUUGGUAAUAAAGUGGUAGACACUUUUUUCAAGAAAACAAAUAUUUUCGAUUGUAUUCUUAAUUUGGAUGUAUUCAUCUUACUUGCAUUGUUGCAAAAACUUUUAAUGGAUAAAUCUAAUAUCAGAUAGUAAA